UGGCAAGUUACUUAGCUUCUCUGAGCCUUAGUUUCUUCAUCUGUUAAAAGGAGUAACAGUGUCUACCUCAGGAUUAGUGAGGGCUAAAUAAGCUAAUGCAUGAAAAGUAUUUAGCAAAGUGCCUGGCAUACAGCAAGAACUCAAUAAAUGAUAACAUUAUUUAGCUCUAAUUUGAGGCUCUUCUCAGAUGACAGUUAAAAUUGAUCUUGACACUUUGGGGUUCACUGACAUCUGAGCAAACUAUACCUCUUAAAAUUAUAGUGUAUGUGUGCUCUAUUCCUUCUGAUACAGGGAGUUCCAGAAGCUGCUCUGUCCAGCUCUGUCUCUGCUGGCAAAAAACUGAUUUUUUUUUUUGUAAAUCCAGGAUGCUAAAGUUGAGAAAGGGGUAGUGAUCUUCCAACAUUUGUGGACAUGUCCUGACUCCCUUUUCCUUGCUAACCAUCCCCCAGGCUGGAGUCAAGAGAGGGCAAACCAGAAGGCCCAGCUUCUGAUUCCGGGAUGACUGGCAGGGAGGAAAACUUAACAGGCAAAACAGGCUUCUGAGGCACGGUGGAACAGUGAGACUACAGCGUUGUUGCACUGGUGACAGUGCCUACUGAAGAAGCACCUCAGCUGUAUGGGUGGCCAGAAUAAAGAUCACGCCACCUAAAAGGAGAGUGCUGGGCAAACCAGAGGGACAUGGCAAAGCAGGAACAGAAAUGCUGCCACAGUGAAUAGGAAGCAGGAUAACUUGACUAGGCCAGAGUUCUCUUGCCUCAGGGAACCUCUGCUCAAGUUUCAGGAUUUUAUACCUACACCCUUCAGCUACGAUCCCUGCUACAAAAACACACCUCAGAGAACCAGGACUAGCCCUGCUGUCGGGGCAGGGUGACCCCACCAGUGACCUACAACCCCUCUGUGACCCCACAACUCCCUCUCACCAUGGAGCUUGCAUUUGAUGCCGACAGGCAGUGUGUAAUCUGUCCCUCCUCUUGACCUCUUACCUGGGAUUCCAUGGCCACACAACCCUGGGAUUCCAUGUCUCCCCAAUUCCAGGACCCUCCCUGGCCCCAUGACUCCUGAUCUUCUAAGUGACCGCCCGGGACCUUAACCCCUGUGACUGUUCUUCCUAUCAUCCCCUUAAUUCUGGCCCUGGCUCCCCUUGGGGGUCUUGUUGGUCUGGGCCUCCCCAGGAAGAUGUGGGGGAGGCUCUGGCCCCUCCUCCUGAGCUUCCUCACAGCAACUGCAGUCCCUGGACCCUCGCUGAGGAGACCAUCCAGAGAACUAGAUGCCACCCCACGGAUGACCAUCCCCUACGAAGAGCUCUCUGGGACCCAGCACUUCAAGGGCCAAGCCCAGAACUAUUCAACGCUGCUGCUGGAGGAGGCCUCAGCAAGGCUGCUGGUGGGAGCCCGAGGCGCCCUGUUCUCUCUCAAUGCCCACAACAUAGGAGACGGGACUCACAAAGAGAUUCGCUGGGAGGCCUCCCCAGAGAUGCAAAGCAAAUGUCAUCAAAAAGGGAAAAACAACCAGACCGAGUGCUUCAACCAUGUGCGAUUCCUGCAGCGGCUCAACGCCACCCACCUCUACACAUGUGGGACUCACGCCUUCCAGCCUCUCUGUGCAGCCAUUGAUGCUGAGGCCUUCACCUUGCCAACCAGCUUCGAGGAGGGGAAGGAGAAGUGUCCUUAUGACCCAGCCCGUGGCUUCACAGGCCUCAUCAUUGAUGGAGGCCUCUACACAGCUACUCGGUAUGAAUUCCGGAGCAUCCCUGACAUCCGCCGGAGCCACCACCCGCACUCCCUGAGGACUGAGGAGGCCCCGAUGCACUGGCUCAAUGAUGCUGAGUUUGUGUUCUCCGUCCUGGUGCGGGAGAGCAAGGCCAGUGCAGUGGGUGACGAUGACAAGGUUUACUACUUCUUCACGGAGCGUGCUGCUGAGGAGGGCUCCAGCAGCUUUGCUCAGAGCCGCAGCAGCCACCGUGUGGCCCGUGUGGCCCGUGUGUGCAAGGGAGACCUGGGAGGGAAGAAGAUCCUGCAGAAGAAAUGGACCUCCUUCUUAAAGGCGCGUCUCAUCUGCCACAUACCACAGUAUGAGACACUACGUGGUGUCUGCAGCCUGGAAGCUGACACCUCAGCCCGCACGCACUUCUACGCAGCCUUCACGCUGACCACACAGUGGAAGACCCUGGAGGCCUCAGCCAUCUGCCGCUACGACCUGACCGAGCUUCAGGCCGUCUUUGCUGGCCCCUACAUGGAAUACCAGGAUGGUGUCCGGCGCUGGGGCCGCUACGAGGGAGCGGUGCCGGAGCCCCGGCCUGGCUCAUGCAUUACAGAUUCAUUGCGCAGCCGAGGCUACAACUCAUCCCAGGACUUGCCAUCUCUGGUCCUGGACUUUGUGAAGUUACACCCACUGAUGGCUCGGCCCGUGGUACCCACACGCGGACGGCCCCUGCUGCUCAAGCGCAGUGUGCGCUACACACACCUCACGGGGACACCUGUCACCACGCCAGCUGGACCCACCUAUGACCUGCUCUUUCUGGGCACAGCUGAUGGCUGGAUCCACAAGGCUGUGGUCCUGGGCUCUGCGAUGCACAUUAUUGAAGAGACACAGGUGUUCAAGGAGCCCCAGUCUGUGGAGAACCUGGUCAUCUCGCCGAUGCAGCAUAGCCUCUACGUGGGGGCCCCUAGUGGAGUCAUCCAGCUCUCACUGUCCAGCUGUUCCCGCUACCGCUCCUGCUACGACUGCAUCCUGGCCCAGGACCCCUACUGUGGCUGGGACCCCAGCACCCAUGCCUGCAUGGUGACCACCACCAUACCCAACAGGACAGCAGUGAUUCAGGACAUAGAGAGAGGAAACCGAGGCUGUGAGGGCAACAGGGACACAGGGCCACCACUACCACUGAAGACUCGUUCGGUGCUCCGGGGUGAUGAUGUCCUAUUGCCCUGUGACCAGCCAUCCAACCUGGCCCGGGCCUUGUGGCUGCUCAAUGGGAGCAUGGGCCUGAGCGAUGGGCAGGAUGGCUACCGCGUGGGUGUCGAUGGGCUGCUGGUAACAGACACACAGCCUGAGCACAGUGGCAACUACGGCUGUUAUGCUGAAGAGAAUGGCCUCCGCACCCUGCUGGCCUCCUACAGCCUCACGGUGCGGCCAGCCACUCCUGCCCCUGCUCCACAGGCCCCUGCAAUGCCUGGGGCACAACUGGCACCUGAUGUGCGGCUGCUCUAUGUGUUAGCCAUUGCUGCACUUGGUGGCCUCUGCCUCAUCCUGGCUUUCUCCCUCUUCUACAUGGCUUGUCUUCGGGGAGGCGGACGAGGACACCGACGGAAAUAUUCAUUGGGUCGGGCCGGCCGGGCAGGGGGCUCUGCUGUGCAGCUGCAGACGGUCUCAGGCCAGUGUCCUGGAGAGGAAGAUGAGGGUGAUGAUGGGGAGGGGGCUGGGGGCCUGGAGGGUGGCUGCCUCCAGAUCAUCCCUGGGGAGGGGGCCCCAGCCCCACCGCCCCCACCGCCCCCACUGCCACCAGCUGAGCUGACCAAUGGGCUGGUGGCACUGCCCAGCCGGUUGCGCAGGAUGAAUGGCAACAGCUAUGUGCUCCUGAGGCAGAGCAACAAUGGAGUGCCAGCAGGACCCUGCUCCUUUGCAGAGGAGCUCAGCCGCAUCCUGGAGAAGAGGAAGCACACGCAGCUCGUAGAGCACCUGGAUGAGAGCUCUGUCUGAGCCCAGCCUCCCAGGACAAAUGCUCUUCCAAACCAGCCUGCCUGCCCCAGGCUGGGCCGCUGCCUCCCCAACACAAACACCCUACCUUCAUCCCUGCAACUCCAGGCCCUUCUCCCAACUUUUUGAUGUCCCUGUAGGGCUGGCCAGAGUCAGGCCCAGCCAAAGCCCUCUUCUCAGUCUCCACAGACCCAUCUGUGAGCAGCCCAGACCAACCGGUGCUCCUCAGAGGCAGGGCUCUGCAGGUCCAGAUGGCCUCAAUGUCACUACCCUCUGCAUGGCCCUACAUGCUGGAUGGUCCUGAAAACAGACAAGACCUCUGCCAACCACCAGAGCCACCUGAGCCCUGUGUACCUUCACGUGCGCACAUGGAAGAAUGUCUAUCAGCUGGGCUGCAGGGCCCCCACCCCCACCCCCUGGUGCUUUCUUGUUUUAUCCCUUCUGGACUUUGACUACCCUCCCAAUUGCCACAUCCCAUCCUACCUAGUCCUCUCCUGUAGUCCCAGCCCCAUGUGAUGACCUCUUUGGCAAGACCUUGGGAACAGGCCAGCCUGGGGAGGUAAGACUACUGCAUCAUUCCCUCUUCUCCCUUAAUGUGUAGCCCUUAUGAUUCAGCCCCCCUACCACUCUCAAGAGUGACAGAGACAGUUCCAGGCAUGGUCUUCCUCAUGCACAUGUGCUUACAUUUCCACUCACAGGCAUCUGCUGAGCCUCCCCUUGCUGCGUCAGACCUGUGUCUGUUGGGUUUUGUCCAUGAACAUUUCAGAGGGAGAGCUCUCUCCCAUUUAGCUGUCCUCACAGACACUUCCUUAGAACGGGUGACCAACACUGCACUCAAUGAGCCAGCCUCCCUUUUGGGGACCAAGCAUUUGCUACCCCUAAACCAGAGCAGGGGGAGAAGAGAUCUGAGGUCUCACCUGGCACAUGAAGCCCGUUCCUGGAACUAUGCAAAGGGCAGAGGCUGGGAGUUUGGAUGCUUGGCUCCCGCCCCUGUCCUACCUCACCGGGGCACUUUCAGGGUCCAGGGGCCUCUGAAGUCUCCAGGCCCAUAUGGGACAAUCAAAACCUGACUGAGCUCCCCCAUUCCCCUUGCGUGAGGAUGACUGUUAUUUUUGUAGCUGAGAACGUGGAAUCCCACGGAUUUUUACUGCCCUUCAUCCAACCUCUCCCCCCUCUACUCCACAAUGAAUGUAUUUAUUGUAAGCCGGCUACCCUUCUUUAGGAAUGCCCCCGCUCACGACCCAGGUAGGCGGGACAGGCAUGUGACAGAGUGGGGAGGCUGGGCUCAGCUCCUCCCCCCACUGUUGGUUAAUAAAUACCCCCUUUCC